AUGCCACACUCAGAUGGAGCGCCUCCCAAUAAAAAGACUUUGAGAACUUCAUUUCUGCCCACUGUUUUACCUUCGUCAGUCGUAUCUGAUAUGUCACCGUUAAAGAAUAAACUAUUGACAUACCGAAGAUGCAACGAACAGCAAAAGAUGCUUAAUCAGUUACUAAUUGAUCGAGCUUUGAAAGUGUAUCAUGUAUGCAUGGAAGAAAAAUAUCACAGAGAUCCUGUACCUCCUAUUCCGGAACUGCCUUCCACUAUGAACAGUGAGCAAAAACAACGAAGAACAAACUACCUCUUUAUGAAGAAGUGUGUGCAAAGUAAUCCGGUGGUUCCCAUUCAGCAGCAGUGGCUAAUGUCCAUGCUCACAUUGGUGCCACAGUCGCUUAUGGAAGGCAAAGACAGAGAGCUGUUAGCUGAAAAGCUUUUAGGGGAGAUAAUAAGGGAUUAUGAAAUGAGCAUGAGAAGAUGUGUGGUGCGAAAUGUUCUUAUUAAACCAGAUGUAAAAGGACUUGAAGAUGAAGAGGAGGCGCCUUUGCCUUUAUCACCUCUAGGCCUGGAUUUUUCUAGACCAUGGCAUAACAGUUUUAUCCAAGCAAAAAAUCAAAUCCUUUCCAACUUGCACAUUCUCCACCCCACAAUGAAAACUCUGCUGGAUUUUGGUUAUGCAGCAUUCUCUACCUUUCUUAUAGUGGAUUUCUCAAAUUUCAGAUUGAAAGGGCCAAUUGACUGUGAAUCUUUAAAGACUGAUGUCUCUCUAAGCUGUUCUAAAGCAGAAGAGAAGAUACUGAAUACGUGGUAUCAAAGAAUUAUCGGUCUCUUUACACAGAAGGAGUCACUGAAUGGUGUAAAUUUGGAUCGGAUUGACUCUUUUUAUAACUGCGUGGCUACACUUAUGUCUAAUCAGCUGAAAGAAUUCUUGAGAAGAACGGUUGAAGCUUUUGUGAAACUUUUUGAUCCUGAAGACAGAAAUUGUCUACCUUUAUUCAAGAUGGAAUUGACUCUUGAUGAAAAGAAAAUGGAGUUUUAUCCAAGCUUCCAAGACCUAGAAGAAGCAAUUCUGUUUAUAGUAAAUCGUAUAGGACAGACUCUCCAGAACAUCCAGACGGUACAUUCUUGGCUAAUGGGAGGCACUACAACUCUGGACACUGAGCUUCCUAAUCAUGUCAUAGUAUGGGCCACAUCUACACUGAAAAAAUCUAUCAGAGACAACUUAGAAGGUCCAAAGGAAUAUUUUGAAAACUAUG